AACUAAUUCACAAUGUUGGAAUACGACGGAGGAGGUAAUAUAAGUCUCUCCGGCCAAACAUCCGACCAAAAUUCCGGUGGCCAUCGACGUCACUUAUUCGAUCCAUCAAAUGAAUUCCUUCAACACCAUAACUUAUUCUCCCGAACCCAUUUACAGCAGUUUUCUUCUCUAUACGAUGAUCAUCAUAUUCAUCAAUCAAACAACUUCUACGUGGACCCAUCUCCUCCGGCGAUUCUAUCACUUAACUCCGGCGGCGGUGGCGGCGGCGGAGGGGUGAUGGAUUUAGCGGUGACACUUGGGCUUCAGUUGGGUCGGCGGACGAAUAUGACGACGUCGGCGGCGACGGCGGUAAUGGACGAUGAACCGGCGGCGGUGAAUGGGUUGUUGUACCGGCGGUCGGGUUUUAGAGUGAAUGCGCCGAAAUGUCAGGCGGAAAAAUGUAAUGCGGAUCUUAGAAAUGCGAAACAUUAUCAUCGACGUCAUAAGGUUUGUGAGUUUCAUUCUAAGGCGGCUAUGGUUAUUGCUGCUGGAUUGAGCCAACGAUUCUGUCAACAAUGUAGUAGGUUCCAUCUUCUAUCUGAAUUUGAUGGUGGAAAAAGGAGUUGUCGUGAAAGGCUAGCUGAUCACAAUCGUCGUAGACGAAAGAUCCAUCGUGAAGCCAACGAAAGCAAUCGCGGAUCCAACUAUGGUGGUAAUUCCUUUAACGGUUUGAUCGGAUUGUCAACAGCUGAUUCUGAAGUUCAAUCGCCUUCUUCGGGCAUAACAAUAGGAAUUUCACCUCCUCGAAUGUUGGAUACAUGUUUCAACCAAAGAAUGCCACCAUCCCCGUCAACUAAUGCAUUGUUUUUGUCAACCGGGAUGUUCGGUUGGACAAAUGAAUCGUGAUUAUUGCGAUAAAAACCUUUGAAAAUGGUUGAAGUAUAUUUGAUAUGAAUGCACCUAACAAAUUAGGUUAAUUGUUUCAUUAAGUACUAAGUAGAAGUGACUAGUGGAUGAAAUUAUCUUUGCCAAUUUUCCUCUUUGGCUUCCACUUUAGGAAAUCAAAGUCCUAAUAAUGGCAAGCAAUUGAUUUUAAAAAUCUCUCAUUUCGUUUUAGAUGAUCAUGUAAGCAUUCUCAUUUCAUGUAAUCAUAAGUAUAUGUUAUGAAAUUUGCUUCAUCUAAUGAUAAUAGUAGUGUCGAAAUAUGAUAUUAAUCU